AUGUGCACAUUGCUUCCUCAAUUACUCUUAUGUUCCAGGCUCUUUCCCACUGCCCCCUCUCAACCUCACCUGGCCAUUUCUGUGGAACUACUUGCUUUCUAUCAGGCACUGUUUGAACAUUCUUGUGACUUGACCAAUGCCCUUGCCUCUGCACUCAAUACACAUUAUGAACAACAAGGGUUCUGGAUGACCACCCAAGAGUGGUAUGAUAUCUUGCAAGUGCAUAUUGAGCACCAUGCUGAAAGUAUUAUUGAAUGUUGUCACCAAACUGUUCUCAACCAUCUCAAUCACAUGCAAUCUGCUCAGCAACUGUCAUUCACUGUGAUCCCACCAUCUUCCAAACAGUUCUCAUUGUGCCCAGCAUGUUUCACAGGUCACACAUUUGGACAGCCACUGAGCAACAGUGGUGAUAUUCAUAUCACACUUGAUGGGAACUUUCACCAUCAUCAUCAGCACUCAGCUGGUAGUUGUCCUGCAUUUUAUGACCCUGCAUAUUUCAUUCCCAAGGUUCAAGUCAACAAUGUUGGAUGCCAGAUCAAACGAGUGUGUAAGUGGCCACUGAGACAACAGUGUGUUGAAGUUCCUGAUGAAGCAAUUGAUCAAUGUGAAGUGUCAUAUGAAGCAGCUGAUGGCAACAAGCAGAAGGCCACAAUGGACUGCUUCAACAACACUGGAAUUAUGGUGUUGAUAUGCCAUCACAACAUCCCUCUCUUCUUUGCAAAUAUUGACACACCUGGUGAGCAACAGAAGUAUAGUGUCACCCUUCUCAAACACCUCUUCUCCCACUUGCCAGUUGCUGCAACUGUCAUUGCAUUGUAUGAUAUUGGUUGCGUUCUCACACAUUCUUUAGACAAGUUUGAAAUCCUCAAUAAUGAAAUUGUUUGUUGCAUCUGCUGUGCAACAACUGCAAUGCAUGCCUAUGGCCACAAAUGGGCAUGCCAGCUUGCUCAUAACCCCCACAUUACUACAGGACUUGGUCUUUCUGAUGGAGAGGGCACCAAACACCUCUGGUCCUGUUUCACCAAGCUCAUUGGCAAGAAUGGAAUUGCUGAACAAGGUAGCAAAGCACAUCAGAUUCUUGGUGAUUGUGGAAUUGAUAUCCUGGAAUUGAGGAACAAGUGGGCUAGCCAAUUACCUAGAUGGGUUUUUGCAAGCUACAACACUCAAAGAUGA